AUGCCACAUGUGCUAUGCUGGCGGCAACAUGUAGGAUUGCUGCAGCUGCUGCUGGAGGGCGGGGACGGCGUUAGCGGCCAUCGCCCCGCGCACCGAGCGGAAGAAGCGCUGGAACGUGUGCAGGUGCCAUACACGUCCGUCUCUGUGCGCGAGGGAAAGACUGCCAUCAACAAGAUUCGCUGGAACCAUGCGGGUAACAUGAUUGCUGCCGGCGACGCCGACGGAUACGUCUCCGUCUACGACCUGCGCGAGCGUCUGAGUGCGCCCAGCAACGAUGCCAGCUUGCAGCUGCGGGAUGUCCUGGCAGAUAUGCAGGCCAACCAGUCAGAAGCCGAGCGCCAGGCCCCAUGAACUCAAGUCGCUCUUCCUUCCCUUCCCCUUGUGUUCCUUGCCACGUAUCCCAUCGUCCUUGUUGUUCGUGUGCAUGUAUUGUCAUGUUGUUUUUGCUCCGCCGUCGCAUCUCUCCUUGUCUUGUCGUGUCAGCCGUGUUCCCCCCAACAUAAC